CUCGCCGCCAUGCCGGGGCCCCGCACCCUCGCCAACCUGGUGGAGUUCUUCUGGAAGGACGGCUUCAGCCGCAUCCACGAGAUCCAGCAGAAGCACACACAGGAAUAUGGAAAAAUCUUCAAGUCUCACUUUGGUCUUCAGUCUGUAGUAUCUAUUGCAGACCGAGACAUGGUGGCUCAGGUGCUCCGGGCAGAGGGGGCCGCGCCCCAGAGAGCCGACAUGGGGUCCUGGCAGGAGUACCGACAGUUACGAGGGAGAUCCACCGGGCUCAUCUCAGCGGAGGGUGAACAGUGGCUCAAGAUGAGACGUGUAUUGAGACAAAGAAUUCUGAAACCAAGAGAUGUGGCCAUUUUUUCAGGAGAAAUCAACCAAGUUAUUGCUGAUUUAAUUAAAAGAAUCUACAUCCUCAAGAGCCAGGCAGAAGAUGGAGAAACUGUGACCAAUGUCAAUGACCUUUUCUUCAAAUAUUCAAUGGAAGGGGUGGCCACCAUCCUUUAUGAGAGCCGCCUGGGCUGCCUGGAGACCAGCGUCCCACAGCCCACCGUGGACUACAUCGAGGCUCUGGGGCUCAUGUUCAGCAUGUUCAAGACCUCCAUGUACGCGGGCGCCAUCCCCAGGUGGCUGCGCCCCUUCAUCCCGAAACCCUGGCGGGAGUUCUGCAGGUCCUGGGAUGGACUCUUCAAAUUCAGCCAAAUCCAUGUUGACAACAAGCUGAGGGACAUACAGUGCCACAUGGACCGUGGGGAGAGCGUGAGUGGGGGGCUGCUCACAUGCCUCUUCCUCAGCCAGGAGCUGACGCUGGAGGAGAUCUACGCCAACAUCACAGAGAUGCUGCUGGCUGGCGUCGACACGACGUCCUUCACCUUAUCCUGGGCAGUGUACCUCCUCGCGUGGCACCCGGAAGUGCAGCAGACCGUGUACCGGGAGAUCGUUAAGAAUUUGGGGGAAAGGCACGUCCCAACUGCAGCCGACGUCCCCAAAGUCCCACUGGUCAGAGCUCUGCUGAAGGAAACGCUGAGGCUGUUUCCAGUGCUGCCGGGGAACGGCCGAGUCACCCAGGAAGACCUGGUCGUUGGCGGGUACCUGAUUCCCAAAGGCACCCAGCUGGCCCUCUGCCACUAUGCCACGUCCUAUGCAGAUGAGAACUUCCCUCGGCCCAGGGAGUUCCGGCCAGAGCGCUGGCUGCGGAAGGGAAGCCUGGACCGAGUUGACAACUUUGGGUCCAUCCCCUUUGGGUAUGGGGUUCGGAGCUGCAUCGGGCAGAGAAUCGCAGAGCUGGAGAUCCACCUCCUCUUGAUCCAGUUGCUUCAACAUUUUGAGAUCAAAACAUCCUCUUGGACUAAAGCCGUUCCUGCAAAAACCCAUGGGCUGCUGAUGCCAGGGGGGCCCAUCCACAUGCGUUUUGUUAACAGAAAGUGAGCCUGGAUUUUUAAACCCAGCCAGCCUCCUGACACAAAC